UUGCGACUACGCCCGCCGACUAUUCUCAUUCCCCGCGCCUAAUCCACCAUAAAACCCCGUUUCCAUACCCGUUCCGCACCAAUGGAUUUGCUGAAGAAGAAAAGGAGCGAUUUUGACCAAGAAGAGGAGGUCGUCGCCGGCGACAUCUCCGUCCUCGGUGAAGAUGUCCUCCAUGAGAUUCUUCUACGCCUCCCACCUUCUUCUCUUCUCAGCUCCAUGUCCGUAUGCAAGUCCUGGCUGCGCGUGCACUCUUCGCCUCUCUUCCACCGUCAUUACAGAUCUCGCCGCGCUUCUUCCUUAUUCGGUUUCUUCGUCAACUUCCCAUGCGAAAACCCCUUCUUUCUCCCCGCUUCGUCCUCCUCCACCGCUCUAUCCGAGCUUGGCUCCGUCCAGAUCCUCGACUCCCGCGCCGGAUGGCUUCUCCUUCGCGAUCUCGUCACUUCCUCCCUCCGCCUCUUUCACCCCUUCUUCAACAAAACCCUAGCCGUAGUUCAACCCUCGCUUGAAAACCCUACCACCGUUUACAACGCCCUUCUUCCCGAUCCAUACUCAUUCAAUCCUGUUCGCCGAUUUCGAAUCCUCCGUGUUUUGACGAAACCCUCGUCCCGUCCCAUGAUUGAGAUUUUCUCGUCGGAAUCCCCCGGUGAAUGGAAAAAGAUCCAAUCUUUAUGCAAUAUUCGUAUUCGGCGCUGCUGCUUGGAGGUACAUCCCGUUUUGGUGAACGGAUAUGUUCAUUGGCUGAAAGGCGAUUGUCAAAUUCUUGCUUUGGAUGAAGUAAACUACGAAUUUUCGAUUCUAGGGCUUCCGAGGGAGCUUCCUCUUUAUAUUAUUAAUCGUUGGUUGGGCAAAUUCAAUGAUCGGCUCUGCUACUCUUACUUGGAGGAAUCUGUAUUGUAUGUGUGGGUUCUUGUUGAUCGAUUUCACUGUGAAUGGCAUUUGGAAUGUCAAAUUAAGAUGGGGAGAUUUCAAGAGUUAGGUCAGCCCAACCAGGCCAAGCUUCUUGCUUUUGGUGUUGGAGGGAGUUCAAAUGUUGCAUUUCUUGGUUUGAUGGGGAAGAUCUUCUCGCUUGAUUUGGGGAGUGGAGAAUUGAGAGAGGUUGGUAAUGCUGGUUUUGAGGUCGAUCAUGUCUUCCCUUACAAUUUUGUGGAAGCUGAUUGGUCCGUUUCUUCCAUUAUUGACUGUGAGGCACUGCUGUGAGUUUUCUGCAGUGCAAAUCUUUACUCUUUUCUUUUUACAUCUUAGUUAUAGUGUCAUUGUAUUGUUCUUUUGUUAUUUCCAAUAUGCUGAAAGAGGGAAACUUGUAUUUAUGUGUAGCAUAUUGUAGCAUAAACUUGCUUUAUAUUAAACAAAGCAGGGAUAUUCUUUUUUUGUCGGAUGAAAUUUCUGACUGGCAAUUUUUUCCUCAAGUUUUUGUUA